UCGAGACUAAUGGUUUCUGCCCAGUAUUUUGUCAGCAUCUGUCCGGCCUCCAAUCCCAAAGUGGAUAAAAUGCGCCAAGCGGGCAUUUCGCUCACAAUGCGCCAACCCAAAAUGCAUGAUAGUAUGCUACUAAGGCAUCCAACCGGAGCGGUACCGACAUUGAGGCCUUCAAGGACAAGCCAGAAAACGGACUCUAUCUACCGUGUAUUCGGGUACAGGGAUGUUCGCCGAGGGGAGCCAUACGUACGUACGCCAUACGUAUGGCGAAGGGAGCCAGUACAGAACCGUCACUGUCGCAACAAGCAGGACCACAUUGAUACUAAUUAUCCACUUAAAAUGCGAUACUGGCACACUAGGCAAAGGCAACCGCUUUCCGUGGAAUGGUGCUGCACUGACGACUCAUCCAUUGCCGAUAACAAUCUCUCACAAUAUGACAACACAAAUAUUUUUGUGGUCCGAAAGCAAAGUAAACCAAUCAAAGUACUGCAGUCUCAAACACCCUCGCACAGCCUCUAUCCUUUAAGGCCUACUAACAAUUCCACUCCAAUCGAUAAAUUUUGGAGAAGCCAGAGCUUGCUGGUCCAGAUCUUGCUCAUGGCACAAAUGUUCAUACAUAUAUCUAUAGAUAUACCCAUAUACAUGGCGCUGCUUAUACCAUAG